GUCCUUGCCUUCGUAAGAACCGGUCCCCCAUUGUAUCCAUCCCAUCAUCUCUUCAAAGGCCAUUGGGUUUGUAUGGCCUGUUGCAGGGACUCCGGAGUGACUGUUUUAUUACUGCUGACGCUUCUCGAAGGGACAGCUGCAAGAGCAGCUGUGAGUGGGGUUAGUGGUGUUUGCCUGAGAUUAGGGAACCCGCGUUGGCUGCUUUCCAGAAAGGCGCUCAUUUCUUCUCCGGAAGCCUGGUACCUCCAGCUGCGGAGUCAGCCUGAGUAUUCGGAGCUCAGUAAUCUACGUACUGCUAAUAAUGACCCAGACGAUGGCAAAUCAUGUUUUCGCUGAAAUUCUCUAGUAUUUAGGAAUGUCGGUAAUAGGUCUGAAUAGGUAAUAGGUCUGAAUCUUUGAUUGAUCACAGCAUAACUAAACACAAUAUGGGAAAAAAUGCUUCAUACGACUCAAGCUGUUUAUAUUUUGAUGUUGUAAGUAACUAUAUAAACAUCUCACGAUUCAUGAGGAAAUAGUUUUCAAAAACUGUUGAAAGACAGAGAGAAGCACUGAUUCACUCCUCAAGUGACUGCAGCAGGUAGAGCUGGGCCACAUUGAAGCCUGGAACUCUGCCCUGGUCUCCUGUGUGAGUGCCAUGGGCGUAAGAACUUGGACCCCGGUCCGUUGCUUUACCUGGGGCACAGCAGGAAACCGGAUCAGAAGUGGAGCAGCCAGGAAUCAAAGCAGAACUCUGACAAGUGCAGGCUUAACACACUGUGCCACCACACACUGACCCUGAAACAAUGCAGUUAAUGUCACAGUAUGCACAAAUUUUAAAAAAUGCAAAUUGAUCGCUUUGGAGAUUGGUAUUAGAAAAAUAAAGUUGGCUAAUACAUGAAGGGAAAAUUAGUGGCGUAAAUCAACCUUUCAUGUGCACCCCAAGGAAGAGCCAGCAAAAGUGGAUGGAGUUUACUUUCUGAUAUGGGCAAAGCCAAGUACGUCUUAUAAUGUAGAAACAGGUCUUGGGAAGCUGGCCGUGGGGCAGCAGGGAGCUGAAGGCGAUGGAAGAGCGGAAAGCGAAGAGGAGGAGUCCCAAGUCUUUCAGUGCCCACUCGACUCAGGUCGUCAAUGCCAAAAGAAAUGCCCUUCCAGUUAGUAAAAGUACGGGCUUUUCCAACCCCACGACGCAGUCAACGUCACAGCGGCCAAAGUUGAAAAGGGUGAUGAAAGAGAAGGCCAAACCUCAGAGUGGAGAAGGAAAGGGGGCCCAGACAACUCCGAUCCAGCACUCCUUCCUCACCGAUGUCUCUGAUGUGCAGGAGAUGGAGAGAGGCCUCCUGAGUCUCCUCAAUGACUUCCACUCAGGGAAACUCCAGGCAUUUGGAAAUGAAUGUUCCAUUGAACAGAUGGAGCAUGUCCGUGGAAUGCAGGAGAAGUUAGCCCGGCUGAACCUGGAGCUCUACGGGGAGCUGGAGGAACUGCCCGAGGAGAAGAGAAAAACAGCCAGUGACGCCAAUCUCGAUCGGCUGCUGUCUGAUUUAGAAGAAUUGAAUUCUUCCAUACAGAAACUCCACUUGGCAGAUGCGCAAGAUGUUCCGAACACUUCUGCCAGCUAAGGUGAAAUGCAGGGUGCUUGCUUGUGAUGUGAAGAGAAGCAGCGGUCUUGACUUGUCCAGCUGAAUCCAGUAGCAGAAUCAUCUUCCGCAACACCGAAUUAAAGUGCUUAAAGUUCAAAUGCAGGGAUUGUUCUCACAUACUGCUUUUAGUAAAUCCAGCUUGCUGUCAUUCACCCUAACUGGAGCCCUGGGCCUUGUUCAAGACUUGAUCAUGGGAUGUGGUACCAAGGUCGUGCUGCUCUGCUUCUUGUUGCCUCAGGGGUUAUACUUGAAUGCCUUGUGCUGAGGUGUCUUGGUGGGGCUGAGGGAUCCAGCCUUCCCGAGCUCGCCAAAGUCGUUCCGUUGUGGGGCCAAGUGGGUGGUGCCCAGGCCUUGGGCAGCCCGGUGUCGGUUUACUUGACAAUCGGUACACGCACGCUGGUGUGUUCUCCAAAGGCCAGUGACUACAAAAAUGUUCAUUAAGUAUUUGUGAGAUUCGCUAUUUUUUAAUAAAGUGAUCAUUUGAAACUAGUCUGUGUCAUCUGUUAUGCUGAAUGUGUAUCAUCUUCACUCUGGGACUACACAAGGGU